AUGCAGCAGCAUAUAUAUUCUAACAAUUUGAGUCCUCCAUUCAUCCUCGUAGCUCGUUUCAACAUGAAGGAUCGACUGGAAAGAUUCGUGCUCCUUCCCUUCGCUGCAGGUUGCAUCUCUGAAUCCAGCAUUCCAGUUGUGAUGCAGCAUGCUAAAAGAUCAAAGCAUGAGAAACACGAAGAGGAAACCAAGGACGAGGAAGAGGGAUGUCUGGACGAUGAAAAAAGUUUAUCGAGUCAAAACUGGAAGACCGCCCUCCCAAUAUUUCAGAAGCUGUUCAAAAACUUCUCACAGUUAUUUGUGUACAAAGAUGAGCAGGAAGCAGAAAUGGGGAUGGAAAUCGGAUUACCAACAGAUGUGAAGCAUGUGAGUCACAUAGGGCUUGAUGGCUGCACGAGUUCAAUCUUUUCAAAGGGCUGCUGGGCUGAGCAGGAGUUGAUAGAUCUCCAUUCUUUUCCUCUGUCAGAACUGGAGUUUGCCAUCAAAGCACAAGCUGAAACACCCAAGAUAACAAGUUUGCUUGAAACCAAAUGUCGUUACAAUCCCAAUGAGAGUGUUACAACAGGGACACACUGAAAUCUAAAUGUAUGUACCAACAAACAGAAUCUUAGUUUCCACCAUUUUUUACUUGUUGGCUGUAGUUAUGAUUUCUUGAGUGAAGCUAUCCAGGGGAGGAACUUCUGAUGUUUGAUUUGAUCACAAAGCACAUAUAGAGCCAUUCGCUUUGCAGGGAAUUUUUUAGUACGUUGCAA